CGUUGCUGGGAGGCGAGCGCCGGGACGGGAGCGAGGGGGAUGCGGAGUGGAGCCGGGGCCCGGUCGGAGGCUGGUGACAGGCUGGUCCGGGAGUUCCUGCAGAGCGGAGCGGCAGUGAGAAAUAGAAUGAUGAAGAACUGGGGUGUUAUUGGAGGAGUAGCUGCAGCCUUAGCAGCCAGCAUCUACGUAUUGUGGGGACCAAUUACCGAGAGAAAGAAACGCAGGAAAGGCCUAGUUCCGGGCCUCUUGAACCUGGGAAACACCUGCUUUCUGAACUCCCUGGUCCAGGGUCUGGCUGCUUGUCCAUCCUUCAUUCGCUGGCUCGAUGAUUUUACCAGGCGUUACAACCUGGACAGUCCGCAGGAAGAGUGUUGUCCAUAUCUCUCUGUCACGCUUCUCCGAUUACUCCGAGUAUUAUCCAAUGGGGACGAGACUGCAGAGGAUGUGGUGGAUGCAGGAAGUCUCUUGGAAGUCUUGAGGAUGUACAAAUGGCAAAUGUCUUCAUUCGAAGAGCAGGAUGCUCACGAGUUGUUUCACAUUCUCACCGCGGCUCUGGAAGACGAGCGGGAUCGCCAGCCUCGAGUUGCACAUUUAUUCGACGUUCGGUCUCUGGAGACUCCGCCAGAAUCGCAGGAAAAUCAGCUGAGCUGCAGGAGCCGAGGGCCUUUGCUGCCACCACCAAGCCCUUGGAGGUCUCAGCAUCCGUUCCACGGCCGACUGACCAGUAACAUGGUGUGCAAACGGUGCGAGCAACAGAGUCCUGUGAGGUACGACACAUUUGACAGCCUCUCCCUCAGUAUUCCAACAAUCACGUGGGGCAGACCUGUGACACUGGACCUCUGCCUGCAACACUUCAUUUCCUCCGAGUCCAUUAAAGAUGUGGUGUGUGAGAAUUGCACUAAGGCGGGAGAAACACUGAGCGGGCAGACUGCAGAAAACCAGAGGACAACCUUCAUCAAACAGCUGAAAAUUGGAAAGCUCCCUCAGUGCUUGUGUAUCCACCUGCAAAGGCUUUCGUGGUCCAACCAUGGAACCCCCCUGAAACGCAAUGAGCAUGUGCAGUUCAGCGAGCUCCUCUCACUCGAUAUCUACAAGUACCGCAGCCCAUCUCAGAGACCGGGCCACCGCAGAAUGAGCAGACCUGCCAGUACAGGGAGUUUACCACGUAUGCUGGAGGAGACCAAGACAGGAUUCAUGCAGCCCAGCCUGAGCAAAAUGCAAGUUGCAAACGGAGCGUGUUCAUCAUCUAUGCUAUCAGCUUCUUUCGCAACCUCACCGUCUUCUGUAACUCGAAGUUAUGCCUCGUCAAUGUACUUGUUCCGGCUGAUGUCUGUGGUUGUCCAUCACGGUGACAUACACUCGGGCCACUUUGUGACCUACCGCCGCUCGCCAUCCACCUCAAAGAACCCGGCGGCAGUGAGCAACCAGUGGCUGUGGAUAUCUGAUGACACAGUGCGCAGAGCCAACCCACAGGAAGUCCUUGCCUCCAACGCCUAUUUGCUUUUCUACGAGCGAGUUAGGCCUCUGGUGAGGCGAGCAAGUCGCGAGUUCGGGCCGGAGGAGUGAGCGACUGGGCAUAGCUGGGCAUUUGGCUGGUGCUGUAAAGGGACAAAUAAUCUUCAUGGGUUUUAGAGGAAACCAAUAGUUGAAAGGAUCUGGAGCCCAAGUUUUAACUCACCCAGAUACCCAAGUCAAUAUUUGUGCAGUGAACCAAAAGAUCAAGAGGUCUGUUGUAUUUUUAAAAUAUUAAUUUGCCACUUUAUUCCAUAGCAAACGAUAACAGUUCCAUAAAGGGCAUAAUGGUUAUAUAUUUAUGAACUUUGACUGUGCGCUUGAAGCAAUUGAGAAUAUGUGCAAUGUUAUUGCAGAGAAAAGCCAGGGUCAGCUCAGCAAUGUCAUGUUGGAUUAUUGAAUUGAAAUCCUAAAGUGAGAUAUCAAAUCAACCACAUACAUAAAUCCAGGUUGGAACAAUCACAUUUUGUGGGUACUAGCAAGUAGAAUAUUGCUGCAGUCAUGACUCAACUCUCAAAAGAGCCAUAACUGUCAGUCACAGGCAUAGUGUGGAGAUUUUAAUGAAAGAUUGAAGAAGCUCCCUUAAAGACUUAGUGGGUGCAUACACUGCAUAUACAGAUGGUCCCAGGUUCGCUCUCCAGUCUGUGCUAAUUCCAACACAGACGAUAGUAGAGGUGCUACAAUUACCCUGUACAGGGAGGGCAAAAAUUUAGGUUCUAAUUAACAGCCAUUGGAUUGAGAGGCUGUCAGGUUAGGACUAGAUCAUGGUGCACCCACCCCGUCAGAUAAUCUACUCGCACUCACUAUUGAGAUUUGUACAGUAAGGACUCAGGUGAGGUAUUGUAGGAUCGCCAGUGCCUAUGGGACCAUGUCUCAGCAAGCAUUGACACCUUCAGGAGAGGAGCGUCUAGAAGAAAUGGGUUCAAGAACAUGACAGAUCAUGCGAAUUGUGAUGUACUAAAUUGCUCAUGUGUUAUUUUCACUGCCAUGAAAUGUGACUGGAGGGGUGCUGAUACAGUCCCUGAACAUAAUUGUCAACCACCAAAGUGAUUUUCACCACUUUUUCCAGAGGGUGCAGAUCUCAAUGCAAUCAUGCUGAUAACUGAAUCCUUGCGAGUACUCAGAGGAGUCAGACAUGGUUUUCUGAUUGCAUGGAGUACCUGUGAAAAUUAACAAGAAAUGAGUCCCUUAUUGUAGGGGUAAAAGUUCCGCCAACCUGAAACACUCAGAUAUAACAAAAAUAAACCUUGGGUCAUUUUUAUUAGGGCCUCUGUCCUGUUAACUGGAUAGUAGAACAAGUCAGGCUUGGAGAGACAGAAUUGCUAAGCUUCUGGGCCGGGACAACCAAGUUUGAUGCCUGGUUUUGGCUGGACAACUAUUGGUCUCACCACCCCUGAGUUGGAAAGAGGGGAAAAUUGAGUCGGUAAUCCACCCAUUUCUUUUAGCCUGGCACUUUUAGACCUCCUCCUUCAAUCAGAAGAUACAUAAAGCACUUACUGCCACUGACUGCAUGAUGGCAGUAAGUAUGCUUGCACAGGUGAGAGCAGCCCACCCAGCGUCUUUUUUAAACUUUCCUUCAUCCAUGGGUUGAUUUGUAUUGGCACCAAGUCUUAUUCAGCACUGUUGUCCAUGUUCAGGAGAUGUACAGAACGUGCCUUUUUCGUUGGCUGUCUUCUGUUUCAUUUCAAAUUUGGUUGGCAAUUUUUAUUUAUUCUAUACAAAUUGGUGUGCCCCUUGUAUCCCCCUUAAUUAGCGCUUCUGAAUCCUUUCUCAUGGGAGACUCUUCAACAUGCAUAAAGUCUGUUUAUAAUUUGGGUGAAGCUGUGUACCGAUCUGUUGCUUUAUGCUGUUAAUGGGACCAGCUAAGUUGCCAAGUCUGCUUAUCAUCUGAUUUCCCCAUUAAGAGCACUGGUGGAUAAAGGCAUUGCAUGGUGGUGUGCUGAGCCAAGCAAUCCACAUUCCAUUGCUGCUCUGAGCUCAAUUAGCUGGUUUCAGACAGGGCAGAGCCACAGUUUAACCUUGCAUUCCCACUGACGGGACGAAAUUAUCCAGAUUUCCGGCUCUUGUUCACUUCUCCUAGAACGACGUAUGUAUGUGUACAAUGGGCUGUGAGUGUAGUGGGUUGUAGAUAUAGUGGUUAAGAACCAGAGCUUGACUUUGAUGCCUCUCAUGGUUGAAUAGCUCCUCCAGAGCCUGAGAUACUGAACCUCUUUGAAUAGUCAGGAAAAUGGGGGUGGGGGGUGUUAUACAGCAUUGUGUUUACCAUUCAGGGGGCGAGGGUGUUAGGGAGCCUGUGUACUGUACUCCACAAACACAUUUCAUGGUGUGAGAGUUGAAGGGUCAAUCUCACUGGGUCAUAAACAGGCAGCUAUGGUAGAAUGUGGCACACAGUGCAACAAAGUGUCACACGCAAAAGUGGUGGAAGGCUUCAGGUUGAAUGGGUGUUUGUUCCGGCGAGCUUUUCACGCACAAUAUUUCCACUACCUUAAUUUUAUUUUUUAACCACUAUAUAACAAAAGUAUAAGUUCGGUAUUAAAGUGAGGUACCCUCGCCUAAGCCAUCGAUAUCAGUAAUUUCCAGGGUGUUUUGUGAUAUUAGACUGGAUAAAGUUGUGAGUAAUAAAGGAUCUGUUGUACAGACAGGGUUGGAAUAAGAAAAGGUGCAUUCCCCGUUGCUCAGUUGACAAAUCGAGUGUGGGUCUGAACCAUAAAUACCAAGAAAGCCCCAGAUUGAGUGGACCAAAUUAACUGACCUUCGUUUGGAUGGUUACAGUUGACUUCAGUUCCCUUGGGUCAAGGUUCCUGCUGGUGAUUGCUACUCAGUGACCUCGCUCCCCCACCAUAAAGUCCGUCUGCGUGGACUGGAUCUGGCUUGGCAGUGACAUUCUCUAUGAUCAUGCAACCUGCAGACACUCACUGUGUUUUGCAUUAACUAGCUUCCCUUGUUACUCUGUCCCCAGUUUUCUCUUUCCUGCCCCAAGGAUUCUUGGGUAUAUGGGUCCAUAAAUGCUGACCAUUCUCCAGUACCUUACUUAGUCUUUGCCCAUAGCUGGGCCUGGUAGUUUUCACCAGACAUGCAUCACUGAAUUGCAAAUCAGGGUUGUUCCAACCUGGAUCAGCAGGCUUUAUAGAGAGUAGGGAUUGGGCCUCACAUUUUCCGUUGGGUGAUGUAUUUACCUCAGAGGGUUGGUGGGGGAUCGGGAGACAAUUCAGGGGUACGGCAUGUUGGAUAGGAUAUAUUUGUGAUACUAUCCGCCAUGAACAGUCUGCCAGAUUAUGUUCUGAUACUAACACUUUCAGCAAAGUAAAGGGAUUUGCAUUAUUCCUCAAAAGCCUUCCCUACUAAAAUGGAUGAACAGUGUGGGGCUCCAUUCCUGUCCACCUACAGUUGGACUUUUUGGGUGCAGUCUAUACUAUGCCUGUCAGUAGAUUUACUAAACUAACUCAUAAACGGAUGAAACGGGGUUACAUUAAAGAAGUGUUGCUAUAAUCAUUUAUUUAAACUUUCAAUUAAAUAUGGAAGAGAUGAAUGUGAUCAGUGUCUAUUGGUUGAAUCUAAUCUGAUCUAGGAAUGUGAUCUGGGUUGGAAAAGACAAAGUCCAGCUGGCUGGUUCCAGUCCAUUUUGUAUUUUAAAUUCAACACUACAGCUUUCUGGCUGCCUUAAACCUGUCCCAAAAGAACUGGAGCAGGCCAUUCAGCCCUUACACCUGUUCUGUCAUUCAGUUAGAUCAUGGCUGAUCUGCAGCUAUGUUGGCUCUUUUGCUAUCCUUUGCUAACCUUAAUGAACGAAAAUCUAUCACUGUCAAUUAGAACUUGCAAGACUAUCGGCCUUUCUGGGAGGGUGAGUUCCAGGUUUCCAUCGUCCUUAGUAUGAAAAGGUGCUUCCUCGUUUAAUUUGUAAAUGGCUCGGCUGGAAGGCUAAUCUAAGACCUUGUCUCGGUGUUACUGUUUCCAUACCUUGUUAAAUACAUGACAGUAGCCUGAAAUCCCAGCUCUGUUCCAUUCACCUGAGCAGAGUUUGUGUUUAUCCCAAAGACUUAGGUUAUGGAUCAUGUGCUGUAGCUGUUUCUGUAUUGAAUCGAGGAUGAGGACUCCUCAAAGUGCCCUUAGUGUUUUUGUAUGAUGACAGAAAGUCUGCUUUAUUUUGUACUUUAUUGCAUGUCUGCUGGAUGGGGGAAGGAGUAAGAAUGACCUUCUAAAGCCACCAAAAACUUCCAUGGUGGUGAUUGGGAGCCAAGGUUUGUUAAUGGUUGAGUUUGGGCCCUUCAUUGUAGGCAACAGUCCUGCCCCUGAAAUACUCAUUGUAAGGUCAGUGCUGUCCUACAGAGAUGCAUCAAAGGAAUGAUGGAGGAGCCUGAUGCACAGCCACUAUACGUGGAGGUGUGAGAAAGGCCAGAUUAUGAGGCAAGUGCCUCAAAUAUGCUACGCGCCCAAUCACACCUUACCAUCUAACCCAAGUAGAUCGUCUUCAGGGUCAGGCCCUGCCUUAACUGUUGAUGUACCAGUUAAUCAUCCCUGAAGGUAUAACAGAGGUUGUGCAUCUGUUGUUCCAAUAUGCGAGAUGGAGUGGGAAAAUUCAGAUAUUUGAUUUUUAAUAUUUUGUGAGAAAAUAAUGUGAAGUUCUGAUUGUAUAAACAAGAAACUGUAUGAAAAGAAAGCAAUUUUUGCACUAACUCAUUUAAUUGUACAUGUGUGUAUAUGUAUAUAUGAAUGAAAUGGUUGCAGGAGAAAGUAUUUUCCAAGUGUUUUAUUACUUUUCUGUCUGACAAAUUAAUUAAAAUUUUCUUUGGGCUAACAGCAAA